CUGAAAAGGGGCCGUCAUUUUCACUGCACAACUUUUUCUCUCCUCUCUUCUCUCUCAACUUUUUCUUCCGCAAAAAUAUGUGCUUUCCAAAUACUUCUCUCCCCAAAAACUGAGGAGGAACCAAGGAUUUGCUCUCCUCACCCACAACCCAAAUCCCUUCAUAUCAAAUGGACACAACCGAUUCAAUCACUGCUUUCUCUCAUCUUCUUCAACCUCCAGAUUUCUCUCACUAUGUUGAAAUUGAUCCCACUGGCAGAUAUGGAAGAUAUAAUGAAAUCCUCGGCAAAGGAGCUUCCAAGACAGUUUACAGAGCAUUUGAUGAGUAUGAAGGGAUUGAAGUUGCUUGGAAUCAGGUCAAACUCUGUAACUUCCUUCAAUGUCCUGAAGAUCUUGAGAGGCUAUACUCUGAGAUUCAUCUCUUAAAAACAUUGAAACAUAAAAACAUAAUGAAAUUCUAUACCUCUUGGGUCGAUACUGCAAAUAAGAACAUCAACUUUGUAACUGAAAUGUUCACUUCUGGGACUCUGAGGCAGUAUAGGCUAAAGCAUAGGAGAGCUAACAUUAGGGCAGUGAAGCGAUGGUGUAGACAAAUUUUGAGGGGUCUUCAUUAUCUCCAUAGCCAAGACCCCCCUGUGAUCCACAGAGAUCUCAAGUGUGACAACAUUUUUGUUAAUGGUAACCAGGGAGAAAUUAAAAUUGGAGACCUUGGUCUUGCUGCUAUCCUCCAGAAAUCACAUGCUGAUCAUUGUGUUGGGACACCAGAGUUCAUGGCUCCUGAAGUAUAUGAGGAGGCAUAUAAUGAAUUGGUAGACAUUUAUUCUUUUGGGAUGUGUGUUUUGGAGAUGGUUACGUUUGAAUAUCCAUAUAGUGAAUGUAAUCAUCCUGUUCAAAUCUAUAAGAAAGUAAUUUCUGGGAAAAAACCAGAUGCCUUGUAUAAAGUGAAGGAUCCAAGCAUGCGACAAUUCGUUGAGAAAUGCUUGGCACCAGUCUCUUGUAGACUUUCAGCAAGGGAGCUUUUGAGUGACCCUUUUCUUGAAAUUGAUAUUUGUGAAAGCAAGUUGAAAAUUUCAGAUUCUCGGAGAGAACUGGACGAUUUUGCUUCCACUAUAGUGCGGCCUUUUCUUGAACGAGAAAAAAGAUUUAGCUCAAUUAGUUACAGUUUGGAGGCCUCAGAUGAAUGGAGGUACCGUUCAGUCCAGAAGGAACGUGAUGGGAUUGAACUUUUUGAGGACAAUGAUAAUGACCAAUUGGAAAAUCUUGAUAAAAAUAUUAAGGGGAAAAUACGUGAAGAUGGCAGCAUUGUUUUAAGACUUAGGAUUACGGAUAAAGAAGGGCUUAUUCGGAACAUAUAUUUCCCAUUUGACACCAAGAAUGAUACAGCAUUAACAGUAGCCACCGAAAUGAUUGCAGAACUUGAUAUUACUGACCAAGAUGUGAUCAAGAUAGCUGAAAAAAUUGAUGGGGAAAUUUCUUCCUUGGUACCCGAGUGGAAGCCAGGGCCUGGCAUAGACGAAACACCUCGCAUCUCUUACGAUGGUGGCUCUCAAAGCUACAACGCUUCUAAUCAACCAUCUGAUAAUAUUUUGAUAGAGAAUAAAGGAAAUGGAAUCAAACUUUAUCAGAUUUUGAACUUAAGCACAGAUGGGCAUGCUUUGGCACAUAAACAUUUCGAGCAAGAGCAGUUCUCGCUCAAAGCAGAUCGGCCUACACAACCUGUGGUAGGGAGCAUACCAAAUGUGUCAAGCCAGCACUAUCAGCCAGAUUCUGUCCUCCCUGAAAACCAAGCUCUUAGUUCUCGUAGUUUUAGGCAAAGACAUUAUGAUGAUAAUUACAAGAAAACUGACCAAUCACUCGCUGUUGGGUAUAAAGAAAAACUACCAGAUAAGAAAGCCACUGUCAUUGACACUUCACAAAGAAGCUUAUUGGGUUCCCGAUCACUGUCCAGGGUUUCAUCCUAUUGCGAAGAUAAAUUUUCCUCUCAAAUCCAUUGGGAAAUUAGAUGGCUGUGGAAUUGACAAAAUUUAGAUAUUCGGUUUUUAUUGGACAAGAGUGUGAAGAUUGUAAUCGUAGUUGGUUUGAGAUUCAUUUUGCUAGAGCUGCCCCGUUCGGAUACCAAAAGGGUCCGAAGUUGCGAGGCGUUAGUGAGAUUCUUUUAUUGCAGAGUAUAUUUCAAGAAUCAAAGCUUACAGGCACAUUGCCUUCAAGCGACAGAACAACUCUCUACUCCACCGGUUGCUGCUUUUUUGUUGUACAAAAAUAUGUAAGUUACUCACAGCACUCACUGAACUUUUUACACUUACAAUGUCAUCUCUUCUCUUCUCUUUUCUUUUUCUUUUUCUUUUUUUUUUUUUCUUGAUCAUUGUUUUAUAGUUCACAAAGUUAUUUGAAUUGUAUUGGUUAUUCUCUUGUAUAGAUAGUGAAGAAAAAAUUACUUA